GCUAAGUGUACAGGUAGACACAAAGCUGCUCACAGUUUCACCAACAGCAGGGAUGAAGAUGCUGCUCCUGGUUCCGAUUCUACUCACGCUGUCCGGUGUUCUUACUCAGGACAGUGACUGGGAUGUGAAAUAUCCUGAUAAACCGAUCUGUGCUGUGAGAGGAUUCAGUGUCUCCAUUCCAUGUUAUUAUUCUUAUCCACCACAAGGUUACCAGGUGAAACAAAAGCUUUGGUGCUCGAUGAACUCAAACACAGACAAGUGUAUAAAUCCACCCCAUGUUUACGACAGUUCAUUAAACACCAAUCACUCAGACUUUGAGUUCACUGGAAACGACACAUCAGACUGUACUUUAUUAAUCCACAAUGUACAGUUCAGUUAUUCUGGAGUUUACAAAUUCAGAUUUAUUACUGAUGUGACCGGUGGUAAAUGGACAGGUGAACCUGGAGCGACUCUACAAGUUGCAGAUUUAAAGGUGUCACUAAUCAGACUCAGUGGAAACGGAACCCUUAAACAAGGAGACUCCUUAAAUCUGACGUGUGAUGUGAACUGCACACACACUUCCUCACAGUUUGUGUGGUCUAAGAACAACCAGCGUUUAAAUACAUCAGGACCCGUUCUUCACUUUCCUGCUCUAACCGUGAGGGAUUCUGGGGAUUACACCUGCACUUGGGAAACCGGUGAGACGUCAGGAUCUGAAACCAUCAGCCUUCAGGUGGAGGGUGAAAAUCCUGACCAGUGGCCAGUUGUUGCUGUGGUGACAGCUGCAGUGCUUUUCAUCAUCUUGGUCAUCUUAGGAGCUGUGAUUUACAACAGGAGGAGGAAGGACGACCCUUUAGAGGACAAGACCGAGAAAGCUGGAGCACAAACACAGGUAAAGCAGCUUCCUCAGUCUAAUGAAGAAGUGUCACAGCAGGAGGAAGUGACUUAUGCGACUGUGUCUAUCAAAGACAACAAUCUGAACAAAGGGCAUGUCCACACUGAGAAGCAGAAAGAAGACAUUUCCGUUAUCUACAGUUCUGUGAAAAUAAAAUGAUCAAGACAAAAUUAAAAUGAUAAAAUUGAAGAUCGAUGAUCUUGAGAUGUUUAUGAUCCUCAGACAGUAUACAAGUGCUUAAAAACAACUUGGCAACUCUAGAUGCUUUAUAGAACUAGAAGCUCGCACACUGAGGAGAAUGCACACUGAGGAGCUCCACCUGCUGGUGAAGAGGAGCUAUUACACACACUCCUGCUGCCCAUGUGACGUGAUCCCUGACACACGUCUUCUGCUUGAUUAGUCCUACUUGUGCUACUCCUGCUUUCUUUUCCUUAGAGGUUUCGACUCGCCUUCCGUCUGCAUCUCGUCUGGAUGCCACAGGUUUGAAUUUCCUAAGACCUGCUGCGUAUUUAUAAAGAUUACAUGGUGCUGCUGAUGAACUGCUGGAACACAAUACUGUGUGCAUUUUCUCUGUGAUCCUGUUACAAGUGUAGAGGAUCUGUUUGCUCUGUAGUUCUGGUUCCUCUCCAGGUUCCUGCUUCAUGAUGUUUUUAUUUCUCUGUCACCUCUGGAUGGUAAAAGUGCUGCACGAUAAAUGUAACUGAUUUAAGUUUUAAAAUUGAAUUAAAAAAUUGUAUUCACUUGUUUUUAAUGUUGCAGAUGAUGAUGUAUAGAA